CCAAGUCGUACGUACCGUGACCCCGCUGAAUCUCUCGAUUCUCAUUGUUUAUACGCGAUUUAUACUCGCACCAGGAACGUGAUAACAUGUGCACGAAGAUGAGUGUUCUUCAGGGUCGACAUAUAGGAAUUAUGACCCUUACGAGCAGCCCGUGUGAGCUAGACAACAUGAGCUUGUUUCAAGACCUCAAGUUGAAAAGGAGAAAGGUCGACUCUCGAUGUAGUAGCGACGACUCCCCAGUAUCCUUCGGAUCAGCAGGCUCGCCACUGGGGAUCCAGCAAGCGGACGUACCUUCACCAAUUACAUUUCCUGCUCCAGGGGAGAGCGUUGCUGACACAUCGACGUCAUCCCCGGAUGUCAACAUGCCAGGCUCCCCGGGCUGCCCUGUCGUCAAAGUUAAAAGCGAAUUCUUACGGAGCAGUCCUAGCCCUGGAAUCACACAACAGCAACACCAGCACCAGCACCACCAACACCAUCAUCAAAGGCAUCAACAACACCAACAGACCCAUCAACAGUCGCAUCAAUCUCAUCACCACACGUCCCAUCAAUCGCACCAACAGCAUCAUCACAACCAGCGGGAUGGGGUGCGUUGCGGCGGGAUGGGCGGUGGAGCGGUAAGCGGAGCCGGAAACGGUGGUUGUCAGGAGUUGAGAGAGACGGCAUCGCCGGAUUCGGUGUUUCCGGAAGCUGUGAUGAUAUCGCGAGUGAGCGAAGAUCAGCAACGUUCCUACACGCCGGCGCCGGGUAGAUCGUCGCCGGUAUCGCCGAUGGAGGGUCACGGUGCGGUGUCGACGACGCCGAUGCCGCAGCAGGGCUCGUACAAAUGCGAGAGUCCCGAGAGGGACGAGCUGUCUUCGGGACAGAAGAAAAUGGAGUCGGACAAUUCGGUGUUCGACGGUGGUGGAGUUGGUAACGGUGGUGGGAGAAACAUCGUGCGAAACGAGCUCUCCGGUCAAGCUAGUCACCGUGACAGCCAUCGGGAGAGUCCCUCCUCCCAGUACAAUCCAAAUUGUCAAGGUCACAGUCCCGGUAGCAAUUCAUCCUCGUCGCAACAGCAUCCAACGAGUCAUCAGCAGAGCCCGAAUCAGAAUCAACAGCAGCCGCAGCAGCAGCAGCAGCAGCAGCAGCAACAGGGUCAACAACAGAGUCCACCGAUGCCACCGAGACCCAGAGCACCAUCGGUCCCGCCUCAUCUACUCGCUCACCAUCAAUUUUGGUCACAAAACUCCGGGGUUCAAGGCUUCGCUGCUCAGAGACUACUUAACGGUGUGAUAAGCAGUGCCGUCAACUAUGGACAAAAUCUAGGUGGAGUUACCAGUGUUGUCAGUAGUGUUGGUAGUGGCACUACCAGUGGUGGUGGUGGUGGCGGCGGCGGCGGCGGCGGUGGUGGUGGUAGUGCUGCUGGUAGCGGUGGUGGUGGUAGUGGGAAUGGGAAUGCUGGUAACGGUGGUGGUAGCAGCAAUCCCGGUGGAAACGGCACGCAAGGAAGCGGAGUUGGAACUUGUGCUGUAACCACCGGAUCAGCGUGCGAAGGCAUGAAGCCCCCUGCCCAAAGGGCCGCUCCAGCGCCUCCUCGACCACCGCCGACGGUGAUAAUGGGUGAAUUUGGUGGGGUUAGAACCAUGCGAUGGUCACCACCUCCACUUGACCCGGUACCACCGCCCGCGGCUUCGUGGACAGCGACCGCCGCGGCCGCUUCCUGCUCUUCGUCCGAGGAAUCAGCGGCUCAGCUGCUCCUCAACCUCGGACAAGAGUCCAGGGGCAAACCACCUUGCGUCUCAUACCCGUCCGGACCACCCCUCAAUAUGGAGAGGCUAUGGGCAGGUGACUUGACACAAUUGCCCGCAGCACAACAGAUGCAGGCGCUCAACCUUACCGCCUCCGGCUCCAGUCAGCCCUGGGUCAGAAAUGGCGGGUCCGUCAAAUCCGAGGCGGCCUCGCAAUCCAUCCAAUCCGUUGCACCACCCGCACCUCCCCUGCCACCUCAGGAACACGAGGAAGACGAGACUCCGAUGAUUUGUAUGAUCUGCGAGGACAAAGCGACCGGCCUCCAUUAUGGGAUCAUCACGUGUGAAGGAUGCAAAGGAUUCUUCAAAAGGACUGUACAAAACAGGCGGAUAUACACGUGCGUCGCUGAAGGCGGUUGCGAAAUAAACAAAGCACAGAGAAACAGGUGUCAGUACUGCCGAUUCAAAAAGUGUAUAGAACAGGGUAUGGUGCUUCAGGCCGUCAGGGAGGACCGGAUGCCCGGUGGAAGGAAUUCUGGUGCAGUUUACAACCUUUACAAGGUGAAAUACAAAAAGCACAAGAAGACAAACAAAACGAGUAACGUAGGUGGAGGAAUGGGAGGAAUGACGGGGAGUGGCAACGCAGGAGGUGUAAAUGGUUCGAGUACGAUCAGUGGUGCGAAAGGAGUAAUGGCAACGACGAUGCUAGACAAGCAUAUGGCUGCGGCUGCCGCUGCUCAUCACAGCCAACAGCAGCACGCCCAGCAAUUAGCCGGUAGUUUUCUUCACCAUCACAAAAUAUCGUCCGGGGACUCGAUCAGUUCGCCACCCACACCGAGUCAUCCGAGUCAAACAGGACAUCUCGUCAACGGGACCAUCCUGAAGACAGCCCUGACCAAUCCCUCCGAAGUGGUGCAUUUAAGGCAGAGGCUCGACAACGCCGUGAGCAGUUCGAGGGAUCGAGCCUUCCCUCUGGACGCGACUCUCGCCAUGAUUCAAACCCUCAUAGACUGCGACGAGUUCCAAGACAUCGCGACGUUGAGGAACUUGGAUGAGCUGCUGGACCAUAAAUCAGACUUAAGUGAAAAGCUGUGUCAAAUAGGAGACAGCAUAGUGUACAAGUUGGUGCAGUGGACCAAGAGAUUGCCCUUUUACCUUGAGCUCCCGGUCGAGGUUCACACGAGGUUACUCACUCACAAGUGGCACGAGCUUCUCGUACUGACCACAUCGGCUUAUCAAGCGAUGCACGGUCAGCACAAAUUUACCAAUGUCAACUCCGAUGGAACGGGCGCAGACUUCAUGCAAGAAGUUUCGAACAACAUGUAUACGUUGCAAACGUGCCUGACCAGCAUGAUGGGAAGGCCGAUAACCAUGGACCAAUUACGACAAGACGUCGGUCUCAUGGUUGAAAAAAUAACGUACGUCACCCUCAUGUUCAGGCGGGUGAAACUAAGGAUGGAAGAGUACGUCUGUCUGAAAGUUAUAACAAUGCUUUCGCAAGAUGCUAAAUCACGAGGAGGUACACUGGAAUUAGAGCAAAUACAGGAGCGAUACAUGAGCUGUUUACGAAGUUUCGUCGAGCACAGUGCGCCUCAGCAGCCCGGACGGUUUCACGAGCUUCUCAACAGAUUGCCCGACGUACAGUCGGCAGCGGCUCUAUUGCUCGAGAGCAAAAUGUUCUACGUUCCUUUCCUAUUGAACUCAGCAAUUCAAAGAUAGUAAAUAAACGAAAAACGACUUUAAACGAAUGAGAAUAAAGGAAUAUGAGCCGGAAAGUUUCCGGUAUCGAUGAGAAUAGAGAAAAGAUAAACAAGACAAAAGAAACAAGUCGAAGUUGAGAGAAGAGGAUGAGCAGCAGAGAAGUAAACAAACCGAUACAGCGGACUCGAAAAAAACGAGGAUAAAGGCUUUGUUUGUGUAUGUAUAAUAACUAAAAAGUAUAUAUAGAUAUAUAUAUAUAUAUUAUAUAAAGUAAUAUAAUUGUGUCUUCGUUGCGGUGUACAAAGUACGAAAGGGCGGAGCGAACGAAAGAAAAAAUAACGUAAGAGAAGUAAAAUAAAAACAAUAGUGUGAUCGCAAAAAUUAGGAAAAGUCGAGUAAACGAGAGAUAGGAGCAAACGUAUAUGAUUAUUAUAGAAGAGGAAAGAAAAAAAACGAAAGCGUUCACUGCGAAGAACGAGGGAAAAAAAGAGAAAAAUAGGAGGGUGAAAAUAAGAUGCAUAACUUAAAGUAUAUAAUCAAUUGAGAAGAACUGAAACUUUUAUAUCGAAACUAAAAGACUAUAUUUCUGUACGCAGUCGCGCAACUACGUCAUUGUGUGUGUUCACAUUGCAUAAUCCGAUCGUUAAUAAGACUCUCGUACGUAUGACACUCAUCACGACGAGACGUUACCUGCUUUGACUGGAUGAAAGAAGAAAACAAACGAAAUACGUUCGAAACGACGACGACGACGACGACGACGCAACGAGAAUGACUAAAAUUGACUGAAAUGAUCGAGGUUUAACACAUUUGUCUAUAAAUUCAUCGUUUCGAAAAAAUUUGGAGGAAAUAAGGUUCGAACGUUUAAAUAAUAUAAAUAAUAAUCGUAUUCAGCAAACCUCAUCGUCACAAUCGUUUUUCUAUUAACAACUUCAACAUCAUCUCAUCAAUGUCGACGUGAUUAUCGUUAUAAUUGUUAUUUCACUGUUAAACUACUAUUGUAACUAUUUACAAACGAUUUAACUAUUAACUGUAACGAUUCACUGAGCUGAGAAUAACGAAACGGAGAAACACCCUGAAUCAAUGAAACACCGAUUAUAGUUGCCACUGAUGCUUAAUGCUGCCGCCUGUCAUAUUAUAAUUCACGAUUAUUUUCUCACUCGAUGCUCCAUCGUCGAUCACAAAUCGCUUUCGAACUGAAAUAUUAGCAUUUACGCGUUAACUCGGCUCUUAUUUACGGUUUAUCUUAAUUUUUCUUUUUUCUCGACGUGCGAUCUCGAUUAUAAUUGUUGGGGAAUCAGUUCGAAAGUCUUUUGGAAAAACGAAAUUAUACGGUGAGAAAUCGAGAUAUUUCGCAGGUUUUGUUAACUUAUGAAUUUCACAUUUUUCACAUCACUAUCAAAAUCUUAUUAACUCGAGUUACCAUUCUCAAUCAUUAACGUACGCGAUAAUCGGAGUAACCUAUAAAUCACAUUAUUCCUUUCGAACAACGUUAUCACAAAAAAGAGAAGCAUUGUCAUCGUUCAAACUAAAACAACAACAACAAAACCAAAUUGCGUAUACGAAACGAUUCUUCCAUCGUGUUUGGGCAAACCACCAAACGUGUGUUGUACGACGAGAUCUUAGCUACGAAUUAUCGGUCAAAGUGAUAGACGGAGGAGAGGAAAAAAAUAAUUUGAAGAAAAAAAAAGUUAUUCAAACGAAUAAUCCUUCACUUCGUCACGUUCGUACGGUGAUUCGACGAUAAUUUAUUGCGAAAACUUAUUUUUCGCACGAUUCCCAGUGGAAUAAAACGAGUGUUCAUUAAAUAGAUACCAAUUCGAUGAUAAUAAUUACGAAAAAUUAAUUCGAGGGGCUUUAUGAAAGUCGUCUUAUUUUUUAUUAUCGUUUUUUUGUCCAAUCUUGCGAUCCAUUUUUCGUAAAUCUACGCCUAAUCUAAAUUGUUGAAAAACGAGUGAAAAAAAAACUCAAAGUGCGAUGAGAGCAAAAAUGAAAAACACUCGAGCGAAUGAAACAGUUUUUAAUACGGUGUUUUUACGCUGCUGUAUGACGAUAUUAUCGUUAUAGUAUUAUAUGUGAAAGAAUAAAAACAAACACAAAUAAACGAAGGGCAGAUGUCGAGUGAGAUGCGUUCCCGAGUCUUUGAGAGCGGGUAAACUAAUGAGCGAAGAAAAGAAAAUAAGAUACAAUGAACGUUACAAAAUGCCGAGUGCGUUCUCUCGCGAGGAACUGACAACUUUCAACGACAUUUCCGAAUCCGAAGUAGAGACGGUUACACACGCUUCCGCACGGCGUCGUAGCGUACGGAGUUCCGACCAAUCACGUAGCUCUGUGGCGCUAGUGAGUGCUCCGUUUACGCCGAUUUGGCGCCGAUCAAGCUAGGCCGUUGGUCGGAGGUUUUUAUGCCAGUUGCUAUACGCUACGCAGAAGCAUGCGUGACCAGCUCGAGUGGUUUCAAUUCUUUUGUUAUGAUUUUUCGAAUCCCUCGAUUACAAUACUGAUCGAUACGUUGUGGCGCACAAUUGGAUGGAACAUCGAAAGUGUUUUGUCCUUUUUUUUUUUAGUAAGAGAAAAAGCAAAGUGUAUGAAUGCGAUUAUUUGGAAAAACAUUUUAUACCUUAUGCAAGGAAUUUCAUGUGUUCGACGUUUCAAGACUGUUGGUGUAGGAGAAGAAAAAUUGUUCACGAGAGCGCACACUCGGUCCCUUCGAUUGGCUCAAUUAAUUAAGGUACGAAUUACAAAAAAAAAACAAAAAAACAAAUGACAAAAGCAAAAAAAGCGAAAACAAAAUAAUGAUAAUUCUGAUAUGUGUAAAACAGUGGUUGACGUUGUUCAUGUUUCGAUAUUCGAACUUCGAGUGUUUACUUCCCGCUAUAUUCACGUAUCAAAUAUACGCGAUAUCGAUUAAUUAAGAUGUUAAACGAAGGCUUUUAACUUGUUUUAUUAUUAUUACUAUAAUUAUUAUUAUUAUUAUUAUUGAUUUCUUUUUUCUUCUUAUCUCCGUACAUUCUCGUUAAUUUAUGAACGCGCGCGCUGGAACUCUGUCUUGCCUCUGAAACCAUAUAAGAUUAUUGUAAACACAAGCAACUCUUUAUCGAUCUAAUACAUGUGAAAAAUCGAUCUGUAUGCUAACGAUCUCGAGCGCGGUAGACGUCGAUUGUUUCGAUUAAUAAAUAAUCAUUAGGGCAAAUAAUUAUGAAGCGAUAAUGAGACGAUGGAAGGGAAAAAGAAACAACAACCUUUUGACAAUAAGAAGCGCGCUGCUCUCGGCGCAAAUUGCCUGGGAGAGUAUUAAGUGACGUUUUGUUUUUUCGUAAAGAAAAGAAUUAUAGAAAAAAUCGUAAGAAAAAAAAAAAAAAACAAACAAAGAAACAAAAAGAAGAGAAAUCACUAAAUUAAUCUUGUAAAAAAAUAUGAUCGUGUGUUAAAAUCUCGCGAAUUUUAUUCCCGAGUACAAUCGUGUUCAGUGAAAUUUAAUGAAAGUCGAUCGAUUCGAGUUUAAAUGUGGAAAAAGAAAAAUAUAUAAAAUAGUAAUUAAAAGUGUCACGCGUCACGUGACUUUUCCCUCGAUGGGGAAUGAUUGCGGUAAAUUCUUUGCAUUCGUCAAUUCAAUCGUCGAAUUAAAAUUAAACAUUUUUUCUAUAAAAUGAAAAAUCAAUAAAUACAAACACAAAUACAAAGGAAAAAACAAAACAAAUUAAUAAAAACAAAUUGUAUUUUACUAGCGCUAUAUAUUGGCCCCGUUUUUUGGGAGAGGCGCGAAACGACCUGUUUGACCGAGCUUGUGGUCGGGAGCAUACGUUCAAAACGAAUAUUAUCGGAAUAAUGAAUGAAAGAAAACGAGAAAAGAAAAAAGAAAAAAGAGAAAAAAAAACACACACACAAAAAAUAACAAAAACGAACGAAAAUUUGAGGAAAUAUAUUUGUAUACAUGUGUCUACUGACGAUACGCAUAUGUAUAUAUCUAUAUAAGCUAAACCUUGGGCCUAAUAGCCUAGGGAUACUUGUCCAUACCAUAAGACUUAACUACUGAUUGAUACUUUAUACAUAAAAACUGAAGAAAAAAAGAAACGAAAAACAACGGUCGAGACAAAAGAAAAAAAUGCCGAAAAAAUUCUGUGUAUAUUAUUUGAAGGUAGCGCGAGUGCAGUUAAGGGCUACUGUAUUACCCGAUAUCGUGUGUGUGUGUGUGUGGUACUCCUGCUAUUCGAGUCGCGAACCCGUUGGCAACGAAUUGUGUCGUCAAAAGUGAAUUAUAACCUCAAAGUAAGGCACGCGCUAUGGAUCGUCGUUUGUCGAUGAAAAAUAACGACAAAAUAUUUGCAUAUUUCUUCGCGAUUCGAUCGAACAAUCUGGAUAGUCAAUUUAACGAAUUUCGUACGUUUUUCCACAGGACGCAGAGACUUUUGGAAAAUAAUUAAAAAAAAAAAAAAAAAACAAAACAAAACAAAACAAAAAUAUGCCACACGUAACACGAUUGCAAACUCCUUGUCUGCUCAUGGCUCUCAGACUUUUUCUAUAAAAGCUUGUUCAUAUAUACAUAAAUAUAUAAAUAUAAUCUGUAAAUUAUUGUAAAAGAGAUAUGAAAAGUAAUGUGACUUAGUGAAAUUUUUUCAAACAAUUAUCGAAUAAAGAUAAAAUUGUUUUCUUUUUUCUUCAUUUUCUCUCAUUAUUUUCGCACUGAUUCGCAUAAUUAAAUAGUCAAAUUUGUUCUUUGCUCUUAAGUACUUGUUGCUUCGAGGAUCGCGGAAUCGAGUCGUUUGUUUUCUCGCCCCCCCCCCCCCCCCCGCCCUCCCACCCUGCCCACACUAUUCAUGUAUAUAAACGUACGAGGGUCGUUAGCAAAUUGCGGAUAUGAUGAACUCAAAAUAACGAACUUAUGGAAAAAUGAAUUAAAUUGUACCGCAUUUGGGCUGUCUUAUUUAAAUAUGAAUAUGAAAAAAAAAAAAUAUAUAUGUAUGUUAUAUAAAUAUGUACAAAGAUGUCCGGGGAGUACAGCAGCCUUUCACGGAAAGGCUAAAAGUGUUGGAUCAGCAAGACUUAGGGCAUUAUACUACCGAGAGUAUUAUCGUGCCCAACCUUUAAUAUUUAAGUGCGAGUGAGAGUCCUAUAAGAGGGAAUAACGGAUUAGCGCCUCUCGUUUGUGGGUUCAACGUAGUAAAUGUAUACACAUCGAAAGCAUUAUUUUUAUGGAUGAAAAUCACUGAAGUAUAAUAAGAGAGCACGAAAAAAAAUGCAAUCGAAUUCUUCGAAAUAAGUACGCUGGAAGUAUGCCAGUCUGACUUUCCGUUUCCCUGCUGUCGUGCUCGAACUCUCGACGACGAGAGUGUUCAUCAUUCGGGACAUGGAUCGUAAAAAUCCAACGAAAUUUUGUUCUAUUUUAUCGUCAAAUGAAACACAGCUUUCUUCAAAUUUACUCAUUUUUAAUGUCAAAGUACGCUGCGAACAAAAAUAAGGGUUUAAAAAAAAAGAGAGAUAAAAACGUAACGCGAAAUAACGAUAAAUUGAUGUAUCUUCGAUGCUUUAUAAAUAUACGAGUGUCAACCCAGAAACGACAGGCCCGAAUAUAAAUAAAUGUGCCGCAAUGCUGGCAUUAUAAUUUUUGCAAUGAGUGAGUCAAAGUUACCAAUUUCUACCUACGUUUAGAAAUUAUAUAUAUAUGCAUAUACAUAUAUAUGUAUUUAUAUAUUAUCUGUAUACAUAUGUAUAUGUAUAUAAACACACAUGUAUGUAGAAGAAACAAAAUUAUAUGCAGAUAUAUAUGAUAUAUAUAUGCAUAUAUACUUUUAUCAUUGUUUACCUUCGACUAUUCCUUUUAUAACUGAGAUUGGGCACCCCCGCGGGAAUCCAUCGCUCUGCCGGGUAAUACGAUUCGACGCUCAACUAUACUAAAAUCGGCAAAAGCAUGAGAAAAAAAAAAAAAAAAAAGAAAAAAAUUCUCAAUAUUGCUGUUGUAAGAAAGAAGGAGAAUUAGUUGAAUUACGAGCUUGAUAUGACAAUGAAAAACUCAAAUAAAAUCACUACGCUAGACACUUUGGAGGGGAGGAAAAAAUGAAUGCAUUUUUCGGACUGCAUUUUUACACGUAGCAAAAAUAUAGAUACGAGUCUUCUGUCAAAUUUUGUUUGAUGAAUAAAUUCGAGAUAUUUCUACACUGAGAGAUUUCGGAAGGAAAGUUGUUUUAUGACCGUCAUUUGUCGUUCGAUUCGAGCAUGCAGUUUUUUAAAACUCGUAAACACGUAACCCCGCUGUCCGCCAGAUUCCUUUGUCCUUCGCGUUUACGUUGGCUGGCGCUCGCGGGACACAUGUAAAUAGACUGUACAAUAAUAACGAUGUUCCAGAAAAAUACUGUGAAAAAACUCAUGUGGAAUUAACGAAACAGAGAGAAGACCGUCAGUGUCAAAUAAUUGUUGGUGAAAAAAUUUCAAAACGAUGACUGUAAAAGAAACGAGGAAACCAACUCGAUGGAACUCGGCUCUUCUUUUCUUCGAUGUUUUUCUCCUCCGAACGAUCCACCACUAUCUCAUCCUCGCGUUUCUGCUAUUGCCCGACAGAGCUCGCCGAUUCUUAACUCGUGGGUGUGUAAACCCCCUGUAUUUUUAUGAAUAAAUAAGAUAUUUUAAAAAAAGUAAAGAAAAAAAAGAAAGAAAAGAAACCGUAAAGAAAUAAGAAAAAAUCUUGAAGUCUGUUUGGAGAUGCCUUUCAUAGGGAUUAUAAAUGUAGAUAAUAUAUUAUACAUAAUGAACAUAAAUACACUAUAUUAUUAUAUAUUAUUAUAUAGUAAGGAAGUAAAUAGAAUUAUUAUAUAUAUGACGGAAAAAUAAUAUUAUUACGAGUAAAUAAACUGAUUAACGAUUAA